AUGGCAAGCCAGUGGCGGUGGCCGGCUCGGGUGGCCGUGCUGUGGGCCCUCUUGGCCCAUCAACCCGGCUGGCGCUCACCCCAUUGCUUGACCAUGUUUCGCGUGCCCAUUGGGUGGAUGCAGUCGCUCAUCUCACUGAUUCACGAUGACGAGAAGCCGCCGCUGCUGACCGCCCGCGAAGGUGGUGGUGGUAGCCCCGGCCCUCCGGGCAACGUGUCCCGCAUUGGCCUGCCCGAGUAUGACUGGGGCAUGAACGCGAUCCAUGGCGUUCAGUCAUCCUGCAUCAAGGAUGACGAUGGCACCGUGUAUUGCCCAACCAGCUUUCCCAACCCAGUCAACUAUGGUUUCACUUGGAACUACUCGGCCUACUUGGAGCUUGGCCGCAUCAUUGGCGUCGAGACGCGCGCGCUCUGGCUGGCCGGUGCCGUUGAAGCCUCAACUUGGUCUGGACGCCCGCAUAUUGGCCUGGAUACCUGGUCUCCCAAUAUCAACAUUGCUCGUAGUCCCCUGUGGGGCCGCAACCAGGAAGUGCCGGGCGAGGAUCCCUUCAUGAAUGGUCAAUUCGGCAAGGCUUACACCCUUGGCCUGCAAGGCGAUGACGAUACUUAUCUCCAAGCAAUUGUCACCCUCAAGCAUUGGGAUGCAUACAGCCUUGAGGACAGCGAUGGGGCAACGCGCCACAACUUCAAUGCCAUUGUCUCCAACUUCUCUCUCAUGGACACCUAUUGGCCUGCCUUUCGCGUCGCUGUGACCGAGGGCAAGGCCAAGGGUGUCAUGUGCAGCUACAACGCCGUCAAUGGCAUUCCCACUUGCGCCCACCCGCUCCUCCGCACCGUCCUUCGUGAUCUAUGGAAAUUUGACGGCUAUGUCUCAAGUGACACUGGUGCGGUAGAAGACAUUUCCGACAACCACAAGUAUACGCCCUCCUGGGCAACGGCGGCCUGUGCUGCCAUCCGCGACGGGCAGACGGACAUUGACAGUGGUGCCGUCUACAUGAAAUCACUGCUACAGGGCGUGUCCGAGGGGCAUUGUCGCAUGGAAGAUGUCGAUAAUGCCUUGCGCAACACGCUUCGUUUGCGCUUUGAGCUGGGUCUCUUUGACCCCGUUGAGAAUCAGUCGUACUGGCACGUUCCGCUGGCCGCAGUUAAUACCAAUGCCUCGCGAGCUACUAACAUGCUCCACACCCUCGAAAGCAUGGUACUGCUUCAGAACAAGAACAACGUGCUCCCCCUCGCCUCGAAUACCAAGGUGGCUUUGAUUGGCCCACACGCCAAGGCUCAGGAGGACAUGGUGGGCAACUACCUCGGCCAACUUUGCCCCGACAACAACUUUGACUGCGUGGUCAGCCCCCACGAUGCACUUGUUUCCAUCCUUGGUACCGAUGCCGUGACCUAUGCUCCAGGCACCAACGUCACCACGUGUAGCCAGUCCCACAUUGACGAGGCAGUGUCAGUGGCCACCGCUGCUGACGUUGCCGUCCUCAUGCUGGGCAUCGACGAGUCGAUCGAGGCAGAGUCCAAUGAUCGCAAAAGCAUUGAUCUCCCAGAGUGCCAGCACCAACUGGCCAGUGCCAUCUUUGCUGUUGGCAAGCCCACCGUGAUCGUGCUUCUGAAUGGUGGCAUGCUGGCCAUUGAGAAUGAGAAGCAACAGGCUGAUGCCAUCAUUGAGGCUGGCUACCCAGGCUUUUACGGUGGCACGGCCAUUGCUCAGACACUGACCGGCCAGAACGAGCACCUCGGCGACUACAUCAACUGGAUCAACAUGUCCGACAUGGAGAUGACCAGCGGGCCCGGGCGGACUUAUCGCUACUACAAGAACGAAACGCUGUGGGCCUUCCACUUUUAA